ACUUGCUCUUCCAAAAACCAGGAUUUGGGAGAAGGUGUACAUCUGAUCACAUUAAGGCUUUGGGGCCAAGUUCUAAACAGAUUCAUGUGGGGUCAGAAACUAUGUCACCAGGCCAAAUCAAAGGAAAAGCUUGUUAACCCCUAGAAGCCACAUUUAUGAUCCUAUCUUCAUGAAACUUGGUCAGAAUGUUUAUCUUGAUGAUUCCAAGGCCAAGUUUAACAGAUGCCGGCAGCAAUAUGAAUCCUAUAUACUUGAAGAGAUUAUGUUCUAUUGAUACUUUGUGCCUGAAAAAAGUUCUUCAAUGUACCAUUUCACGCUCAUACAGCUCUAAAUCAAAUAAACAGAGUUACCACAACAAGACUGGAUUAGGCAACUGCUUUGUUACCACCAUGAGGAAUUACACCAAACUUCACAAAAGCGAUCAUUGCCAAGCCUUAUUGUGCAUGUCAUUGGCAUGAAUUGGUUCCAAUAUUUUCAGCAAAGUUAUGGCUCUUGAUUCGUCAAGUUUUAUCAUGAUGCUGUGGUAACCUCUAUAUCCAGUCACAUGAAACAACAAGGGAAAAUAGAAAGGAAUUUGUUAGUGCUUGAUAACCCAGCUAGUGGAGAGGUUGUGAAAAAAUUUAAAAAGGCUGGUGUAAAAAAGAUAGCAUGUACAAUAAGAGAUGAGGACCAUUUUUCAAAAAUUCAGGAGCAGCUGCCAAGUUCAAAACACAUCUUCCACUAUGAUUUAUUGAGGACAAAUAAAAAAGGAACCAUGAAACUGUCCAGGGCUGUCGAGAAGGAAGAGCAGAUCUUAUCAUCCAUAGAGAAUAUAUCAGGUCUUACCAUACUGUCAUCAGGUGUUUCUAAUAAAGAGAAACUGGAUAUACAUCGCAGCCUUAUAAACAGAACUAUGACAAGGGAAGCAGACGGCUUCUGCAGACUACAUCAAAUUGACUGGUUCUUUGCUUUAUCUGAAAGAAGUAUUAAAGUGAAAAAGCAUUUACAAAGUAGCCAUACAGUUGUUACACUUCUUAAUUCAUUUUAUGAAUACCAGACUGGUAUAUCGAUUAAAUAUGAUGAUACAAGCUCAAUAUUUCAUACUGAUAUUGAUUCAAAGAAAUUGCAUCAGAUAUCACAGUCAGAUAUAGUAGGUCACCAGAGGAAAGUAUCAACAAUAAAACAGAAUGAUGUAUGUUUUGUACACUUCAUGCCAAAGUUUGAUGUGCUCAGACAGUUUGAUCUGGAUGAGAGGCAAGCAUAUAGGACAUUUAUACGCUUGAUCAGUGGACCACAGAGGUUGAUUCCAGCCUUAGAGAAGUUGGUACCCGGCUGUGGUCUUGGAUUGAUAGAGCUAGGAUACGGAAUGGCAGAUGAAGUUAAUCAGAUCCCACGUGAACAAUUCCUACAAGUUUACAAGGAUGUUAUAAGUCUCCCGGAAUAUGACGGUUCAGCGUUACAUCACCUGUUAGCAGGUAAAGAAGUGCAUAAGGAGGAGGCAGAUUAUUUUGACAUUGCAGGGCAAUGGUGGAGUGGACAAGAAAAAAGAUAAUAGUAUUUUGGAAAUUAGAUCUGCAUCAAGAAAGGAAUGGGAAUUGGUUGUGAAAAGAAUUAUGAGACUGUCUUAAGAAAAGAAUAUCCCAUUAAAGCCGGCAAUGGCACAGUGGACCUAUUGGACUGUAUAAUGGAAGUGCAAGGGUUGAGAUGUGGUUAGGACAAUGUGGAGAUGUUUGCCUACCAGGAGUUAAAAAGUUACAUGAAAGAGUUGUGAAGACAUCUAUUUCCCACAAUUCAUUAAUAACAUUGUGAAAUCAUUAUUCUAAUAUGCUUUUCUCUGUUAAAACACUCUUACGCUAGAAUGAUGUCACAUUAACAUGCGGUGACGUCAAUGUUUUUGUUGCGACCAAGAAAGAGCGCUUCUAUAUUUUAUCUACUGUUUUAGAUUAAGGGCAUAUUAGAAUCGAAAUAAUUUAUACCAAAACUGUAUUUUAACACUAUUUGUACACUCGGGCAGUAAUACAUCGUACAAAUAAUAUCACGGGCUGCGCCCUCGUGAAAUUAUUACGCCUGACAUAUAACCACCCAUCGUGCAUAAAUAAGUGUUUAAACACUCUUUUGCUAUAAAUUAUUUCUUAAGUAUAUGAAGGGGAAUAAUUAUUAUGAAAUUCAAGAUUGCGUCAAUCCACAAAAAUAAAUAAAAAGUUGAAUCACAAAGUCAUAUCUAUUAUGAAAUAGCAAUUUUAUUGAAAUUUACAAAAUUUUAUGCUUACUAAAUUCAAGGAUUGCAUAGUAAUGUUGUUCAAAUUGUCUGUAUCAGUACUAACAUCCACAUGCUGUCUCCUCUACUAAUUAUGAUGAACAGCUCUAGCAUGCACAAUCAUAGGGUAGGGAAAUCAACAUGAGCAAGUUGUGUUCAUUGCUUAAGUUACUUCCCCUGAAACACAUGAGUGGUAAAACACUGAAACAGCUUUGCAUAUACUGUAAAUUUGGUCAUUUUCAUGUCACUGUUGUUUUUGCAAUUUGACAGACAACAGCCUAGUUACAACUUAGAAUUUAUGCUUCAUAUUUUUAUGUAUCGCUCCUGUCUGCCUAUACGACUAUGCAUUGGAGGAGACAUGCGCUUUUCUACAAAAGCAUCUUCUAGUUUUAUACUUUGGAGAUACUGGUUCUUGAUAUUCACAAGACAUCUGAAUUGGUGUGUCACUCUGAUCGCGAAUAUUAUCAAAAAUAAAAUAUUCAUGAAUAUUUUCCCAUCUAAAGUUGCAUGAGCAUAAUAUUGUAAGCAGCAUGCUUGCAGCUGAAACUACCUGUACCCUUUUUAGUUUUGUAAAGCACAUUGAUGUCAUGCAUGUAACUGUUUUGGGCUGUUCCAGGCAUUUGUUAUGUUUGGUUGCAUACCUUUAACUAUACAGGGACAGGCUCUAUAUUAUCCCCAUAGUUUGUGUCAAGUACAUGUGGCUGGACUAGAAUCUGUUGUGAUAUUUAGAAAAAAAAUGAGCAUACCUUUUUGGUUGUUAAUAGUUUUUGAAGUGGUCGAGAUAUAUGUGUUAAUGAUACAUAAUUGAGCCGU